CUCUCUUUUCUCUUUCUUUCCUGUGCAAAUCUCCCCAGCUGCAACUGCAAAUCCAUCAAUACCGCGCCUGCUGAGGUCGCGGCCAUCAAACUGUCAUUAGGGCCGAAACUUGGUGUUCCUUGUCGUGCAUCAGACUCUCUCUAAAGCCCUUUCCGCCCGCCACUGGGCCGCACUUCGACUUUUGGUGUUCUCGACAUACUGUCGCACUAUUAGUCCGCUCUCCACCUCUUUUUUUGGUGUUGAGUCUGCAACACGCGCACAACCAGCAACCCGCGCCCGUGUCUGUCUGUCUGUCUGCACGCGCUUACCUGCGCCGCUAACAACGCUCGACAUACCAUAGCCAUAUUCUUCUAUCCUCGGAUUCUUGGCCAGACCACUGGGGAUUGACGCCUCGCUUUGGCAUUUGCGGGCGGAUUGCAUCCUGUUCGCCCUUCUGCCACCAUGGACAUGAACGAUGCGUCCUCGCCUGGUAGUCUCAGCUCCCCGCCGCAUUCGCCAGAGCAGGGCACACCCAAUGCCACCACCCGUGUAUCGACAGGUGGUGUGGGUGGUGGAGCAAACACCCCGGCCCCUGCAACCGCAUCUCCAGCAACACGCGGGCUCACAGCAUCCGGGCAACCACGCAAGAAACCCGGCCCAAAGCCUAAACCAAAAGAUCCCAAUGCACCAGAGCCCGAGAAGAAGGCCAGAAAAACACGCAAAGUCGCCGAGCCCAAGGAUGCAACCACGGCGCCCGUGCAACGCAAGAGGAGGACCAAGGCAUCUCUAGAUGCACCGGCGGCAGCAGCAAUCCACGUCGACGAGAAAUCGCCGGUGCAGCAGUCGCCCACACCGCAACCAAGACCCAGUGAGCCCGUGCCUGUGCCCAUGCCUGUUGUGCAGCCAGAGCUGCCGCCUGCCGUCACGCAACCUCCUCGCGUCUUGAGCAAUGCUGAGCCAAACUUCCACAAUAACCCAACACUGUCCCACAUCACCGUCGCGCCAUCAACACCGCGACCGUCUAGCUCAGGCCAGCGAUACGAUCCCAUCAGGGGCGGUAUAUUCGAGACGAAACCUCAGCCUCCAGUGAGCGUACCACCACCCAUCUCGCCGCCCCUCAAUCGCGCUAGUGCAUCUCCCUCCAUCACCAGUCUAAUCGACCCGCCGUCUGCCAGCAACUCCUUCUACUCACACCCUGCCAAGCUUCAACAGCAGCAGCCCUCUGUUACUUCGGCACCCGCAUCACCUGCCGGCUUCUCCACCCGACCUGGGCCGAUCCUUUCUUCCCAGGACAUGCCACCUCAACCACCACCACAGCAGCAGCAGCAGCAGCAGCAGCCUCCGCAAUGCUACCCCGCCACAUCUGCAGGAACUACUCCCAUGGAAAUCGACUCUGACCCAAGCAAGCACACAUCCAUUCCCAUGGCCAAGUCGAGCUCUACGCAUUCUCUUACGCCCUCGCACUCGAAUGCUCCCACACCGCCCGCAAAGACUGCUCGGCAAAAGGAGGCCCCACCGCCGCUACCUACUGGCAGUGGUCUCCUAUCCGGUACGCCCUUUGGACCCAUCGCAAAUACCAAUGGCACCUCAGACACACAGGGCACCAACAUCUGGCUCACCUUUGCCCUCAAGGGACGCGACAAUAUCACAAUCAACUUUGCGCAGGAGGUGGAGAAAAAGUAUGGCUUCGCUGCGCUACAUCCCCGUAUCGCUGCUCGCCGAGAGCGCCAACGCCAGAUCACGGCUGCUGGUGCUGCUCUUGAGCGCGCUGCGGGUGGCGCAUCCAACGAUGACAUGUCCGUCGACUUGUCGGAGAACGAGAGUAAUGUUGAGAUGGGGGGCAUGGAUGACGAGACAUCGGCUCGCGAGAAUAGUGGCAAGAAGCGCCGAAAGAGGAAGCAGGAAGACUACGACAAGGAGGACGACUUCAUCGACGACACCGAGCUAGCCUGGGAGCAACAAGCCCUCAUGGCCAAGGAUGGCUUCUUUGUCUACAGUGGACCGCUCGUCACCGAGGAGAAGCCCGCGGUAGAGAGGGCCGAUGGUACUGUUAGGCGAGGGCGUGGACGUGGACGCGGCGGCGCAGUACGAGGAGAGACAACAGGUAGAGGCCGAGGCCGUGGCGGUGGCCCUGGAUCUCGCGGUGGCUCUACUGUCCGCAAACCUCGUGUUACCAAGGCUGACCGUGCUAUGAUGGAGCAGGAGAAGCAGGCACGCGAGAGCUUAGCUGCGACCAUUGCAGCGAAGCAGCCUCUUCCUGCUUAUGCCGGCCAAGCGGGUGCCACAUAAAUGGGUUCACGAUCUUUUGCCAGCUUCCCAGCGGAAGGAAUCAUGAACAGUUGCAGGUCGCGCCCGCUAAAGACCGCCCCAGGCAGCAUGGUGAUCUUGCUUAUUCUACAGAUCACUUGGCCUUUCUUCUUGCAUUCUAAAGAACUGGCACCAUCAACUAGUCCGGUCAAACGUCCAAACCUGGCAGCAAAUGAAGCAAGAGGCCAGCCAACUCUGGACUUGAUGUCUGAGCCACGACGCUGCCUAUGCUCCUGGUGCUUUACUACACUAAUUUUCAUGCUUCUGUACCGGGUUAUUUGAUUUGUAUGAUACCCAUUGUGGAUGUCCCAAGAGGCUCCAAGCUGUCAUGAGCAGGUAAUAAUUUUACAGACCAAGGUGUUAUGACCAAGCCAACGGGCCCAAGAGGUGGUUGUACUUGUAGGGCUGUAUGGGCGGUACCAUUGCACAAUAGAGCCAUCUUCAGUCGAUUCAUAGUCAAAUUUUCCUAUGCUUUCUCACC